CCGCCAGCCGGACUCCGCCCAUCCGAGGCUCUCGCUCGCUCAUGGGUUGGCUCCGUGGUGACGUCGUGAGGUUCACAGACAGUUCUCCGAGCGCCAGGCGCGCGGGAGGUAUUGUACUUCUCCCCGGCUUUGUUCCAUCGUCUGCUCACCUGGCGCUAGGUGCGUCCUGGCCGUGCAACCCGGAGCGGGUGCCAGCAGCCACUGCCGCCGCCGCCGCCGCCAUGGUGUCCCCGGUCACUGUGGUGAAGAGUGAGGGGCCCAAACUGGUGCCCUUCUUUAAGGCCACCUGCGUGUAUUUUGUGCUCUGGCUGCCCUCAUCCAGCCCAUCAUGGGUCAGUGCCCUUAUCAAGUGCCUGCCCAUCUUCUGCCUCUGGCUUUUCCUUCUGGCCCAUGGCUUCAGGUUCCUGCUGGCCCACCCCAGUGCCUCCCUCAUCUUUGUGGGGCUCGUCUUCUCUGCUGUGGGUGAUGCCUUCCUCAUCUGGCAAGACCACGGCUACUUUGAGUAUGGUCUCCUGAUGUUUGCUGGGACACACAUACUGUAUGCCUCGGCCUUUGGCAUGCGGCCACUGGCUCUCCGGACAGGUUUGGUGAUUGGAGUGCUGUCAGGCCUGUGCUAUGCUCUACUCUACCCAGGGUUGUCAGGUGCCUUCACCUACUUGGUAGGGGUCUAUGUGGCCCUUAUCAGCUUCAUGGGCUGGAGAGCUAUGGCAGGGUUGCGGCUGGUUGGGGCAGCCUGGCGAUGGACGGAGCUGGCGGCUGGCAGUGGGGCACUGCUCUUCAUCAUCUCAGACCUGACCAUCGCCGUCAACAAGUUCCGCUUUCCUGUGCCCUACUCUCGGGCGCUCAUCAUGUCCACAUACUAUGCUGCUCAGAUGCUCAUCGCCCUGUCGGCUGUCGAGAGCCGAGAGCCGGUGGAAGCCUAUAGACUGAGCAAGGCCGACUGAACGGACUGGGGUCUGCUCACCUUUUUCCUGGGGCCGGGGCCCAGACUUAGGGAGUGUGCAGGAGCUGGAUCACCAGGCACCUCCUGAGAAAGUGGCAGGCUUGAAGGGGUAAGCGGGAGGAGCUCCCAGGAAAGCUGAGAGCUUGAAGAGGCAGCCUUACAUCCCUCGCCUAAGGCAGAGUAGACCUGUCCGCGUCCCAUCAGGACUGUCAAAGCCCUCCUGGAAGACGAUGGUGCUU